AUAGUUUACAUUCGAGUACACUGGGCCAAAUUUAACCGCAGGGGGAGGGGCAGUCUGGACAUGGUUGAGAGUUUGUCCAUUAGUGUGUUGUGGUCAGUGGAAGAACCUUGGUCGGAGGCGUCCUGGAACCUGCCCGCCCGAGCCAAUCGGUGUGGAACCGACACUGUGGCUGGUAGGGAUCCGCUUUUCCUGUCCAUUCAAGGGCAUCGCCGAGAGGCCCCAAAGAUCACGCCCGUUCUGAGACCCGGCGGCGCAGCCUCAUGGACCCUCAAAGACACAUAGGAGUUCAAUACAAGGGAUGUGGAAGGUGACAAGCGGUACCAAUACGAAUCUUCAAACUCCUCUCGCCGGUGUUCCCUUUCACUCCGAGUGCCGGUCACAUUGCCACGACUUGCAGGAUCAUGCCUGGAAGCUGCCUUUCCCUGUCUACACAGGCCAAAUAUACACCCUCUUAAAUCCCAGUUGCGCAAUCACAUAGACCAUGGGCGACUGGAACCUGUUGGGAAAGCUCCUGGAAAAUGCCCAGGAGCACUCCACCGUGGUGGGGAAGGUGUGGCUCACGGUCCUGUUCAUCUUCCGCAUCCUGAUCCUGAGCGCCGCCACAGAGAAGGUGUGGGGCGACGAGCAGUCGGGCUUCACCUGCGACACCAAGCAGCCCGGUUGCGAGAACGUCUGCUACGAUAUCACUUUCCCCAUCUCCCACGUUCGCUUCUGGGUGCUGCAGAUCAUCUUCGUGUCCACGCCGACGCUGAUCUACCUGGGCCACAUCCUUCAUCUGGUGCGCAUGGAGGAGAAGCAAAUGGAGAAAGAGAAGAAUCAUCCGCCAGACAAGCCGGCCCUCGUCGUGGAAGCCCGCAAGCACAAAAAGCCCCUGAUGAGGGACGAGAAAGGACACGUGCGCCUGCAGGGGGAACUACUGCGCACAUAUGUCUUUAAUGUCGUUUUUAAGACCCUCUUUGAGGUGGGGUUCAUUGUGGCCCAGUACCUGUUGUACGGCUUUGAGUUGAAGCCCAUGUACACAUGCGACAGGCCGCCAUGUCCCAACCCGGUCAACUGCUACAUCUCCCGACCCACCGAGAAAACCAUCUUCAUCAUCUUCAUGCUGGGUGUGGCCAGUCUUUCCCUCUUCCUCAACCUCAUUGAGAUCUACCACCUGGGCUUCACCAAGUGCCGCCAAGGCAUGACCUUCAGGAGAGGGAACCAGUCACCCGAGACCAUGUCCAAGGGGCACAGUGACACCGAAGCGCCGUUCGGCCCGACGUAUAACCACUACUUCCACGAGCAUCGCCCUCCCAGCUACAACCUCUCGCCGCUGUCCGCGGGCACCGACUCAUCCUUUCACCCCUGUAACAGCAAAGCGGCCUACAAACAGAAUAAGGACAACUUGGCGGUGGAAAGGAGCGGUAGCAAGCUGGAGGAAUGUGACCUGAAAGGCAAGAAGCAAGGAUCUGCUGCGGGGUCACCCACGCAGAGCAGGCAAGGCCACAGUGCCAAGUACGGCAACAACAAGACUAGAAUAGAUGAUCUCAAGAUAUGAGACGUUGACAUCAAGGGGCUGAACGCUCUGUGGAAAAAUGUCUUCAUGGCGCAGGCUCGACUCAUUCCAAGUAAGACUUUCAUGGUCCACAACACUGACUUUGUCAAACAUUUAAUUCACAAUAGAUGCAGGAAAUGCCACAUAGUCCACUUUUUGAGAAAACACAGUCCAGUGGAACCUCUGAAGUCAGACACAAGACUAAUUAUCAAAUCAUUUCUCCAUAGAAACAACAUUUUUCUGAUUGUGAAAAGUAAACCACUGUAAAAUAAAACUUUCAAACACAAAGGUAAAGCCAAACUAAACAAAUAGUACACAUAAUGGUAAUGUUGUUUCUGGAAUGAUACAAUGAAAAAUAAUUAUUUGAUAUAGUACACCCCAGUCCAUCGCAGGGAUUACAUUCCAGAGCACCCCAGCAAUAAGUGAAAUCUGAUUUAAAAUAUAUUCCAUUUAAAUAAUCUCGAGGCAUGUUUUAUAGCACUUAUGAAACUUUUUAAUAAGGGAAUCAAAGACACAUUAAAAUAAUGCAAACAUAUUUACAAACAUUUAAUAUACUGACAGGACACAAGUGUAAUGACAACAUUUUUUUUUGCACAGUGUACCAAUUUGUACGCGUGUGAAGUAAACAAAUACCUUUAUAUUUUUUCAUACUAACAAACUUACCAUAGCCCAAAAUACAUAAAGACGUCCAUUAUAGAAUGAACCUCCAGCUAUUGCUUGCUGAAGGCGGAACAGAAGAUGGGAGCAGAUUGAGACGUUCAUCUAGCUCUGUUUUCACUCUUCUUCUUUCAAGCGUACAGUAUUAAACAAGUGUGCCACCAUCUACUGGCCAAGAGUGGAUUUACACUCAAAAUAAAAAAAUAGAGUUAUAACAGGAGAAAGAGAGUGAUUGAAGGGGAGUUCAUAUUGUACUGAGCAGACAGAUCUUUUUCCUACGUCGCUGUAGCUGUUUAGACAUGACUGAUAUCGAGCCAUCACAAAAAUCCGCCCUAUAAACGCAAGCAACAAAAAAAAAACUGAAUUAAGCUUCGAGAGCUGAAGGGUCGCCGACGCUGAGCGUGUCCUGUAUGCUGAUGAAGGUUUGCACUCCUGAGUUUUAUUUGACUUUGCAACUUUGGAGGUUUCACUGUACUUAUAAUCAGUUUUUCCUAACUUUUAUUGUUGUGUGAAAUUAAAGUCACUGUAAAGCGAAAUUUAAAA